AUGGCGGUUCAAAGCAACGGAAACUCAGAGCUCUUUACUUGUAAGAUUCCAGACAUAAAGUUCACGAAGCUGUUUAUCAAUGGAAAAUUUGUCGACUCCAUUUCAGGUAAAAUAUUGGCGACCAAAGAUCCAAGAACAGGGGAAGUGAUAGCAAGGGUGGCUGAAGGGAAUAAAGAAGAUGUUGAUUUAGCUGUUAAGGUUGCUCGAGAAGCAUUCAACCAUGGUCCCUGGCCUCGAUUAUCUGGCUGUGCAAGGGGAAAGAUAAUGAUGAAGUUAGCAGACUUAGUCGACAAACAUGCAGAGGAGCUUGCUGCUUUGGACACCAUUGAUUCAGGAAAACUGUUCUAUUUCGGGAAAUCCAUUGAAAUCCCUCAAGCUGCAAACACUCUGCGCUACUAUGCUGGCGCAGCCGAUAAAAUUCAUGGACAGACACUGAAAAUGUCCAGUCAGCAUCAAGCAUACACAUUGUGGGAGCCCAUUGGCGUUGUUGGACACAUCAUCCCCUGGAACUUCCCAUGUACCAUGUUUUUCACCAAGGUUGCCCCGGCAUUAGCUGCAGGCUGCACCAUGGUUGUCAAGCCUGCCGAGCAGACCCCCCUUUCAGCUCUCUACUGUGCUCAUUUGGCUAAGCUGGCUGGAGUUCCAGAUGGAGUGCUUAAUGUGAUAACAGGAUUCGGUCCAACUGCCGGCGCAGCCAUUAGCUCUCAUAUGGACAUUGAUAAAGUUAGUUUUACAGGGUCUACGGAAGUUGGGAGGCUUAUAAUGCAGGCUGCAGCAACAAGCAAUCUGAAACAACUGACACUUGAGCUUGGAGGCAAGUCCCCUCUCAUAAUCUUUGAUGAUGCAGAUGUUGAUAAAGCUGCAGAUCUUGCUCUUUUUGGAAUCUGUUUUAAUAAGGGUGAAGUUUGUGUGGCAGGAUCUCGUGUUCUUGUUCAAGAAGGAAUUUACGAAGAAUUUAAGAAGAAGUUGGCAGAGAAGGCAAAAAAAUGGGUCGUUGGAGAUCCUUUUAAUCCUGCCGUUCAUCAAGGACCGCAGGUGGACGAGAAUCAAUUUAACAAAAUACUUUCAUAUAUUAAACACGGUAAAAGAGAAGGAGCCACCUUGUUAGCUGGCGGAAAACCUUGCGGCCGGAAAGGAUAUUACAUUGAGCCCACUAUUUUCACUGAUGUUACGGACGACAUGCUAAUUGCAAGAGAGGAAAUAUUCGGGCCUGUAAUGUCACUCAUGAAAUUCAAGACGACGGAGGAGGCAAUAGCGCGAGGAAACGCCACGAAAUAUGGGCUGGCGGCGGGCAUAGUGACCAAGGACUUGAACGUGGCGAACACCGUUUCGAGGUCGAUCCGGGCGGGCGUCAUUUGGCUCAACUGUUAUUUCGUUUUGGGCGAUGAUUGCCCCUAUGGCGGCUACAAGAUGAGUGGAUUCGGAAGAGAGCUGGGAACGGAGGCUCUUCAUGCCUAUCUCCAACUCAAAUCUGUUGUUACCCCCAUUUAUAAUUCUCCUUGGUUUUGAGAAUGACUCUAUGGUGGAGAGCUCCAAUUGCUGUAGUAUUGUUAUAGAAAUUACUUUGCUUAAAUUGAUAAAUAAAGCGGCCUUACCUUCGAUCACAUGACCACAAGAAAAGAUGGCAUCAAAUUCAUGAACAACCCGCCGAUCGACAAGACAUUUUAACAUUGAUAGUUAGUUAAUACAUUUUUACAGACGCAGAUUAGGGUUUCAGU